CGCAGGGCGCGAGGAGAGAGCGAGGGAUGGAGGCGGUUCGGCCAAGGAGCAUCGGGGCGCGCGGCCUCCGCUUUUUCCCACCCCUUUGCCUCGGUCGCCGCGGCGCUGCCCCCGUACACCUGGCCCGACGGCGGCCGCCGACCCGCCGGCCCUACCCUAGGCACCGGCCGGCCACCCCGGCGCACGUCGCCUUCGUCCUGCGGGAUCGAUUCAGCACUUGCCCAGGAACAAGGAUCUACCAGUGUUGUUCCAACAUAAACAUGAGCCAUAAUGAUUCGAAGCGAGCACUGGUGCCAAUGGAGGUUGAUCCAGUCAUGAACACUCACGUUUCACAAGUUCACCAAGUGCGGAAAGAUGGAGGACCAGAUUUCAGCCAAGUGAAUCCUCAGUCUGCAAGUACGUCCAAUCCUACUCAAGUUGGCUAUAUGAACGAACUGAAGGGGCCCUGCACGAAGAGCAGAAAACGCAAUUUUUUUAGCAAAUAUAUCACACUUAUGAUCUUAAAAAAGUGGAAGUUGUUUGGGAGAGAAAUAUAUGAAAUAAAUUGCUUAUGUAUAUCUCAAUGUACAGACACUUGGAUAAACCAUUAUCUACUCAUCUGCAGCAAGUGAUAAGUGUACACAAUUAAGAGGAUGGCAUAAGCCAAUGUAUUUUCAGAAAUGUAUAAUCAUAUUUUGUUUAUAGCUAAAAUGCACAAGAAUGGAAGAAUGGAAGGCCAUACAGUGGUUUCA